CAGGUGAUCUGAGUGAUGAUGUUUGAGGAGGAGAUGAUGGAGAUGUGUGUGUGUGUGUGUGUGUGUCCAGCUCUCUCGGGUGGUCUCCAGGGUCAGAGCACCUCGUCUGUGAGCUCUGAGAUCAAGUCUGAGGAUGAAGGAGACGAGAAUCUUCAGGACAGUAAAUCUCUGGGUGCCAAGAGCAAGGAGGAGCUGGACAAGGACCUGAACGCUUUAGAGAGGUCGAGAUCUAGCAACAACGACGACGAGGACCUGACGCCGGAGCAGAAGCUGGAGCGCGAGAAGGAGCGGCGGAUGGCGAAUAACGCCCGCGAGCGGCUGCGCGUGCGCGACAUCAACGAGGCCUUUAAAGAGCUGGGCCGGAUGGUGCAACUCCACCUGAAGAGUGACAAGCCCCAGACCAAACUCCUGAUCCUGCACCAGGCCGUCGCCGUCAUCCUCAGCCUCGAGCAGCAGGUCCGAGAGCGUAAUCUCAAUCCGAAAGCGGCGUGUCUGAAGAGACGAGAAGAGGAGAAGGGGUCGUCGGACGGUGCUGCGCUCUCAUUGGCCGGUUCCCACCACAGCAUGGGCGAGGCGUCCAAUCCCAUGGGACAAAUGUCAAAGCUGCCAGAAUUCAUCAAAAUGAUGAGCGAUCACUUCCUUUGACAGCGUUAUUUCUGCCCCUGAACGCCACUCAAACAAUCAACGAAUCAAUCAAACUUCCACCUGACCGACCAACUUCUAUGUGUUCCUGUUCCUCACGCCAUCUGUGCGGAUAGAUAUAUAUACAUACUGUAAAUUACGGAAACACGGCAGAGUCACGUGGGAUGGCUGUCCAUAUCUUCCUCCGAGCAUUCCCAGUUCAAAAAGAAGACGUUUUUAUGCACACACACACACACACACACACAAAAGAUUUGAAGGUGCAGACAGUCGGAGGAUUCUUCAAACAUAUCAUGAAGUUGUACAGACGUUUGGAGGUCGGCUCGAGACCAGCCCUCUGAUUUCAAUGGCAAUCCUGUCCACACUGUGGAACUUUAGUAGCUGUGCCUCACGGAACUCCCGGCGGAGGAAUAGAACUCUGAGAAUUCCCAAUCGGAACCUUGGGACGAGAGGGGCUGUCAAUCAAACGCACGACGGAAUUAGGCUGUAGAAUUUCACAAAACCGUUCGCAAUAAUGUUAUUUUAGUUCUCCCCCCCACAAA